AUGGCAGAAGUUGUUACUUUCAGUGUCCAGGAAAUAGUGAAGAAAGUGGCUUCACUUGCCUCUGAAGAAAUCAGUCUUGUAUGGGUAUUUCAAGGAGAGUUGACAAAGCUGCGUGAAUCAUUGUUGCUGACUGAAGCCAUGUUAAGAGAUGCCGGGCAAUCAAAAGAAGUUCGGCCGGAAGCCGUGCAAAUUUGGGUGAACAAGCUUGAAGACAUAGCUCAUGAGGCCGAUGAUGUGCUGGAUGAAUGCGGAUAUGAACUUCUCCGCCGUCAGGUGGAAGUGCGAAACCAAAUGAAGAAAAAAGUGCUCAACUUCCUUUCACUCCACUACAAUCCCAUUUUAUUUCGUCUCAAAAUGGCACAUAAGAUUGAGAACAUCAACUCUGCUUUGGAGAAUUUGAAUAAGAAGGCAGCUAGCAUUGGGCUUGUCAAUAAGAAAUUCUCAGAUGCAACCUCCUCUCAUGAAAAGAACAUUGUUGGAAGGGAGAAGAUUGUGUCAGAGAUAGUUACAACCUUGAUCAACUCAAGCAAUACUCAAGAGAAUGAAACUCUACCCGUGAUGGCCAUUGUGGGAAUGGCUGGCUUGGGAAAAACAACUUUGGCUAAAUCUGUAUAUCAUGAAGAUGAGAUAGGCAGACGCUUCACUGAAAAAAUAUGGAUAUGUGUAUCUAUUCCUUUUGAGGUCAAGUCAAUUUUAAGCAAGAUCUUGGAACAUCUUAAACCGGAAAAGGCUAGGAUGCAAGACAAGGAUGCAAUAAUAAAAAUUCUUCAAGAAGAUCUGAAAGGGAAAAGAUAUUUGCUCGUAUUGGAUGAUGUGUGGAACGAAGAUUCUGAAAAAUGGAAUGACUUGAUGAGUUGUUUGUUCAGUGUUAAAGAUACCCAAGGAAGCAACAUUCUUGUCACUACCCGGAGUGCGAGGGUUGCAUCAAUCUGUAUACACAUUCUUUAUAAUAUAAGUUCGUCUAUAGAUUCAUAG